AUGCGCUGGAUCCUCUUCCUUUGGCUCGCUCUGGCCUUCAGUCUGGUCGGUGCUCAAGGACAUCUUACGACAUUUCGUAGAUACCAGUCUCCGUGUUUGCUGCAACAUGGCCACAGUUCCGCCAUGUUUUUUACCCCGAGUACAGCUCACCACUGCCGUAUCCAGCACCUGACGAUGGCUCGUCAGCAUCUUGAAGCUCUCACUGCCCGGUUGCGUCUCGAGGUGCAAGAGUUACAACACCACGCCCUGGAAAAGCUUCAAGUACCCUGGUAUAAACGCAAAUGCGAAUGUGAGAGCUCAAAUACACUCACCGCUCCAACACCAGCACCAGCACAGCCAACUCAGCUCCCAGAAUCAGGAAAUACGCUCGCGAACAAGUCAUGGAGACUGGAAUCGACCGAAGAGAGCAGCGGGUCGACUGGAAACGAUGCAACAUUGAGUCAUCGUCACACCGGGUCAUUCUUCACCAGCGCCAUGUUUGUGCUCGCUGUUUUCUUCGUGGUGAUCCCAGCGGCCUGUCUUAUCGGUUUUGUGCUCUUCUGCAAGCGAAGACGACGACAGCAACAUACCCACGCGUAA